CAAAAAGCACCUAUUUUCCCUAUUUCAUUCAAACCUAAAGUAGCUCAUAAGUAGCUCCUCCCUUAUCUCGUGUACGCUCUGAAGCAGGUCUUCUUUCUUACAUAUACAUUCACACUCUCCAGCUCUCUCCUUUGCAGAAUCCUCCAAGACGCCAACAUUCUUCACGUCAACAAGAAAACCUCCUUCAUCUUCAGAGAUCCGUAACCCAAUAAUCGCUUUCAUUCGCAGAUCUUCAGAACAUCAAUCUCUGUUGACGAUUUUUCAAGUAAAACCCUUCCCAAUCGAUUUCUCCUCUCAAUCUCUCAGCCACAAUGCAGAUCCCUACCUCAUCAAGUGAAGAACGCAAAUUAGAAGUUCGAAAAUUAGAGAUCUCUGACAAGAACAAGGGUUUCAUUGAGCUAUUACAGCAACUAACCAUUUGCGAUUCUGUUUCCGACAAAGACUUCGAAGAUAGGUUUCAGGAAUUGAGCGUCCUUGGAGAUGAUCAUGUUAUUUGUGUCAUUGAGGACGAUCGAUCGGGGAAGAUCAUCGCCACUGGAAGCGUUUUUAUCGAGAAGAAAUUCAUAAGAAAUUGUGGGAAAAUAGGGCACAUUGAAGACGUUGUGGUGGAUUCGAGUGCUCGAGGGAUGCAAUUAGGGAAGAAGAUCGUGGAGUUUCUUACGAAUCAUGCUCGUGCAAUGGGAUGCUAUAAGGUAAUUCUUGAUUGCAAUGUUGAGAAUCGAGGAUUCUACGAGAAAUGCGGGUUCGAACAUAAGUCGAUUCAGAUGGCGAAAUACUUCAGUUGAAGAAGAAGAAGAAGAAGAAGAAGAAGAAGAAGAAGAAGAAGAAGAAGAAGCCAAAAUUUCGAUUGUAAGUGGAUUUUUCUUUGAGAAUUUUCGUACGCAAUUACCUUUCAUGUUUCUCUUUGCUUUGAUGAAUUUCUUCGAACAUAAAUUAUUUGGGUCAUGGUUGGCUCUCAUUUUCACUUUCUUAAAAAAAUGGAUGCAUUUCCAGUAUUCAAUAUUCUGUAGGUUGAAAAUUUUGGUCAA